CUCCACUCCCGCCUUCUCUCUUCAGCCGAGGCCGCUGCUGCCUCUCUUUUCCGCAGCCAUGGAGUCCUCCACUUUCACCUUGGUGCCUGUCUUCGCCCAGCUGAGCAACCUGCAGAGCCUCCUCCCAGCUGUUGGUGCAGCCGCCUUCACUGCCACCCGUGCCCAGCGCCUGUGCUGCAGCCAUGUCACUCCUGGCGACCCUGGGGCUGGAGCUGGACAGGGCCCUGCUCCCAGCUAGCGGGCUGGGCUGGCUUGUAGACUAUGGGAAACUCCCCCUGGCCCCUGCCCCCCUGGGCCCCUAUGAGGUCCUUGGGGGAGCCCUGGAGGGCGGGCUUCCAGGGGGGGGAGAGCCCCUGACAGGUGAUGGCUUCUCGGACUGGAUGACUGAGCGGGUUGACUUUACAGCCCUCCUCCCUUUGGAGCCCCCCUUCCCCUCAGGUGCCCUCCCCCCGCCUUCCCCACCCCCACCUGACCUGGAAGCCAUGGCCUCCCUCCUCAAGAAGGAGCUGGAGCAGAUGGAAGACUUCUUCCUUGAUGGUCCACUUCUUCCACCAUCCUCCCCACCACCACAGCCGCCGCCUCCGCCACCACCACCACCACCACCCCCUCCCCUUCCGCUCCCCCUGCCCACCUUCGACCUCCCCCAGCCCCCUGCCCUGGAUACCCUCGACCUGCUGGUCAUGUACUGCCGCAGCGAGGCUGGGCAGGGGGAUGUGGGCUUGGCUCCCCUUCCCCCAGCACAGGAGCCCCCUCCUCCUCCUCCACCCUCUCGCCCAGCCCCCUACCCCAAUCCUGCCACCACUCGAGGGGACCGCAAGCAAAAGAAGAGAGACCAGAACAAGUCAGCGGCCCUGAGGUACCGCCAGAGGAAGCGGGCAGAGGGGGAGGCCCUGGAGGGGGAGUGCCAAGGGCUAGAGGCUCGGAACCGCGAGCUGAGGGAGAGGGCCGAGUCCGUGGAGCGGGAGAUCCAGUACGUCAAGGACCUGCUCAUCGAGGUGUACAAGGCUCGGAGCCAGAGGACCCACAGCAGCUAGAUGGGCAGGGCUUUGGGCUCCAGGGGGCGCUGGUCUUCAUCUCUGUUUCUGGGGCUGAGGUCAGAGGGUGCCUCUAUCAUCCCUCUGCCUCUAGCCUCUUUCCAUCCCCCCCUUCUCUCUCCUUUUAUCCUUGUGUCCUUGUCCAUUUCUGAUUUUGCUCCCCUCUUCCCUCCCCAGAACCAUGACACGUCUGGCCUUAGUCAAUAUCAACACUUCCCAGGUGACAGCUGAGGGACUGGGGCCCCGGGGAGCUCAGGGUCUCCCCCUCAGGGCAGUGAGGCCAGGAAGCUGUGCAGAGUGAGUGCAGAUGAAGACAGCAGAGCCCUCUGGGGAAAAGUCAGGGAGGGUUUUAAGAAUGACACCCACAUCAUUAAGCACAUAAAGCAAGCCAGGUGACCUAGGAAAUACAUUUGUGCAGGGAGCCGGCUCACAGAGCCAGUGGCUGUGGGGGCAGAUGGGGAGGCCAGCAGGGCAGGGGUGGCCGUAGUUGGUGACUGGGUGUCCGUUUAGCUCUGGGAGGAACGCAGUGUUUUGUGAAAUUGUUGGGGCUGGGCUCUGUCUAGGUGAGGGAGGGCAGGGAGUGAUCCUUUGGGGGGUGUGGUGCAAAUAAAAUGAAGAAUUUCCUCCAGUCUGUGUGUCUGGUCUUUGAGAGAAGUUGGAGAGAGGGCAGUCUUAGGCCAAAGACAAGAAUGAUAAUAAUAGAAAUAACAGCCCUGGCCGGGUAGCUCAGUUGGUUAGUGUUAUCCGAUACCCCAUGGUUUCGGUUAGAUCCCUGGUCAGGAUACACACAAGAAUCAACCACUGAAUGCAUCAGUAAGUGGAGCAACAAAUCGAUGUUUCUCUCUUUAAAAAAAUCAAAUAAAAAUGUACAAAAAGAGAGCCUGCCCUGUGUUGCUCAGUGGUUAGAGUGACCAUCCAUGCAUCAAAGGGUCGAGGGUUCGAUUCCCUAUUCCCAGUCCAGAGUGCAUACAUGGGUUACAGGUUUGAUCCCUGACCCCGGUCACAUGUUCAGGAGGCAACCAAUCAAUGUGUCUCUCACAUCUAUGUUUCUCUUGCUCUCCUCCUCCCUCUCUCUAAAAUCAUCCUCGGGUGAGGAUUAACAAACAAAAAAAGAAAUAGCACAAUACUUACGGUCAGGACCACACACUUGGUACACAGCCAAGGCCAUGACGGGACUGACUGAACUGAUAAUGAUACAACAGCCCUAGCCAGUUUGGCUCAGUGGAUAGAGCGUUGGCUUGUGGACUGAAAGGUCCCGGGUUCAAUUCUGGUCAAGGGCACAUGCCUGGGUUGCUGGCUGGAUCCCUAGUAGGGGGUGUGCAGGAGGCAGCCGAUCAAUGAUUCUCUCAUCAUUGAUGUUUCUCUCUCUCCCUCUCUGAAAUCAAUAAAAUUUUUUUUUAAAAAAUGAUACAACAUGCCAGGCCGGCGUGGCUCAGUGGAUAGAGCGUCAGCCUGCGGACUGAAGGGUCCCGGGUUCGAUUCCAGUCAAGGGCACAUGCCUGGGAUGCAGGCUUGAUCCCCAGUGUGAGGCCUGUGGGAGGCAGCUGAUCAAUGAUUCUCUCUCAUCAUUGAUGUUUCUCUCUCUCUCCCUUCCCCUUCCUCUCUGAAAUCAAUAAAAAUAUAUUUUAAAAAAAUGAUACAGCCGAAACCGGUUUGGCUCAGUGGAUAGAGCGUCGGCCUGUGGACUGAAAGGUCCCGGGUUCGAUUCCGGUCAAGGGCAU